UGGGCAGGCGGCGCGGGGAUGGAGGGCGGGUUCGGCUCCGAGUUCGGGGCCGCGGGGGGGAAGCUGGACCCGGGGCUCAUCAUGGAGCAGGUGAAGGUGCAGAUCGCCGUGGCCAACGCGCAGGAGCUGCUGCAGAGGAUGACCGACAAGUGUUUCCGGAAGUGCAUCGGGAAGCCGGGGAGCUCGCUGGAUAACUCGGAGCAGAAGUGUAUUGCCAUGUGUAUGGACCGGUACAUGGACGCCUGGAACACAGUCUCCCGAGCAUACAACUCCCGGCUGCAGAGGGAGAGAGCCAACAUGUGACCGGUUUCCAGUAGCCCUGACAACAUGCUUCAAUACUACCCCCUGCCUGGGGAGAGUGACUUGAUUCCUGGACUAGCUGGAGUGGCCCUGUGAGAAUGAAAGGAAAGGUGGUGGGAGUGAAAUCCCUGUGGUUUGGUUAAUUUGGCAUUUUCAUCAUGGUAGAGCAAUAAAGCCACGUCUGGAGCCUC